GGGACUGCUUUCUCAAGUUGUGCUUUACUUUCUUCUUCCUUUCAGAGACCUUUUUAGAGAAACUAUGAAGGUCGUGGUGCUUGGUGCGGGAAUUGUGGGAUUGACAUCUGCCCUGCGUAUCGUGGAGGAUUGUGGGACGGCAGAGUUGGACCUGACUGUCAUGGCGGACAAGUUCUCCCCGAACACCACCAGUGACGUCGCUGCCGGGAUUUGGUGCCCGCCGAGAAGGAAAAUGACACAAAGAGAAAUGCAGUGGUUGAAGUGGUCCCAUGAGUACUUAACCGUUCUGUUGAAGACCCCGUAUGCUCAUGAGAUAGGGGUGUUCCUUCAGUCAGGGUGGAUCGCAUGGAUGCACACUGAUUUCCAGGAUCCUGAUUGGAAGGACCUCGUGCAAGGAUACCGUCAUCCAACCAAAUGGGAGCUAACUCAUCUGUUUCCGGAGUACAAGGAUGGAUUCUUCUGCACGACCUUUAUGUUGGAGAGUAGGCUUUUCCUCCCUUGGGUCACCAACAGAUUGAGGAACAAAGCGGUCAAGUUUGUAGAGCGAAAAGUCCAGUCAUUAGAUGAGUUGUCUUUGGACUAUGACGUCAUCAUCAACUGUACAGGCGUUGGAGCGCACGACCUGGUGGGCGAUACCAAAGUCUUCCCUGCAAGGGGGCAAGUUAUCCGGGUGAAGGCUCCGUGGGUGAAACAUUGGAUGCUCCUGGAGGGAAAACAUCCCUACGUUCCGGGGAUUCCGUAUGUCGUUGGCGGAUCUACCGCUACCCUGAUUGGUGGAAUCCGACAGGAAAGACGGUGGGACUUACGUAAUGACCCACGUGACACCAAAACGAUUUGGAACGGCGUUACGACUGCAUUCCCCGCACUCAAGGAUGCAAAAGUGAUAGAAGAGAGGACUGGUCUGAGGCCGAUGAGGGAGGAGAUCAGACUGGAGAGACAGGAGAAAACGGAUCCCGUAUCAGGGAGAACUGUUCAGGUUAUCCACAAUUACGGCCAUGGGGCCAAUGGUAUCACCUGGUCCCACGGAUGUGCUAAAGAGGUGGCGCUCAUGGUGAAACAACUUCUGCAGGAGAAGACUAUCAAAUCCCGUCUCUGAGUCCAAAGUACGGUAAUCUGACCUCUGUAAAUAAUUUUGUCAGGUAAUUAUUUGGCAGUACUGAAAGAAUGUUAAAUAACUGAUAUCCAUACAUAAUAUUUGACGACAAUAAAUACUGUAAUUUAUAUUCUCAAAUCAUAGUGAUAGUAGGUGACCCUGUAUAUUUUGAUCUGUACUCUAGAUCUAUAUGAACAAUGGCAUAAAUAAAUAAGGAAAUUCAACCAUACAUAUAAGAGACGUAAAAUGUCAAAACAAAAGAUAUUCAAUUCCUAUAUGUCGUGAAAAAUUUAUCAUAUAAUUGCCAAAGUUCGUAGUUUUGUUUCCACGGAUUCUAAAAAGAUAGAAGCUAUAUAGAUGUACACUAGUAUAUGGUGUUGUAAUUAAUUUUAGAUGUAUUUUACAUCAUUGUGGUCACUUUUUUAUUUAGCCCUUUGGGGCAAGAAUAUGCAUGAACAUGAUCUAUCUGUUCCUCUGCUCUUCACUAUGUGCAAUUUAGGUAGUACUUAAUGGAAUGUAAGGAUUUAUAACAUUACAAGCAAAACACCAGGCCCAAAGUUUUACACUCACACACAAGCAUUUAUUAUAUCUCAUAAUGCUAUAAUUUUGCAUGCAUUCUGACACAGAUGACAAUUUCCAUUUUAAAUCAAUUUUUGGUACCGAUAUUGAAUUGUAUCAUCAUUCUUUAAUCAUACGAUUACGACUGCGCACGUUUAUCUAAUAAAUACCUUUCAAGUUUCUAAAUGUAGCAGCAUGCAUUGCACUCCACUUGUUUACGAAAGAACAAAGUUAAGGAAUCAUGCAAUUAAUAACUACCACCUAUCUAGUCCUUUGACCAGUCCAGAGUUAUUAUAUUAGUGAACACCAAAUCUCCGGAUCCUAGAUGACGAAUCCCACCAGUUUUAAUUCUAUUUUCUGGAUGUAACGUUGAAAGGUUAAAAUUAUCAGAUAUACAUGUAAAGAUCAAUUGCUUUCUAAGUCAUCGUUUCGACUAAUUGUAUGUUAUACUCUCGGGUACUGGUUACCUUGAUAUUGAGAAUAAUUCCAACAACAGUUUAACCAUUGAGUGGUUUUUGGAUUCAAAAAUAGAUUUUCAUAUUCUAGAUGGAAUUUACUUGUACAUGUAUCAUAGACACAAAAUGUCAGUGAGAAAAUUAAGUACUUAUCACUACUGAUGACCCUGUGUAUGGAAUGUAUAACGUUUGACGUGCGAUAUUUCUAUUACAUCGUAUUAUUAUGUUACUCAGUAUGAUGUACAUGUAACAUCACACUCUGAUGUAUGCAUUUAGCCCCAUGGGCAUGAACAUGCAAAUAAAGGUUCAUUCAU